AUGACUGCUACUCUUUCUGUUAUCGAAUUUGUGUGCAACCUGCGCUGGGUGUUGUCGUACGCCGUUCAGCGUCUCGAUCCUGUACUGGAGGCGCACUACAAACACAUUCUUGAACGUGCCAGACAGGCGGAAUCGGAUGUUUCACGGUCUUAUGCCCCGGUGAAGUCUCUGGCAGAGGUGCCCAGUGACGCCCUAGCAUUGGCGCAGGAGGGGAUCGUCUACCUGCUUGUCGCUGAGGGUGUACUGGGCCAUUGCCCGCCCACCAUGCACUCCUUCCUGCUGCGUGCGGCAGCGCCAUCCGGCUCCAGUGUGGUGAAUGCUUGUACGGACGGCAGUGAUGUUUCUAGUCUCUCCCAAUUGCAAGGUGCAAGGAACGUGUACCAGGCGCAUUUCUUGUGCAUCCGCUGGCUCGUUGCCGAAGGACUUUUGACGGAACAGGAGCUGCUAGACUCCUUGGGAGAAGACGCGGAUACUUCUGCACAGGGAGAGCAAGGUAUCUUUGAACUGCACGUUUCUAUCGCCAAAAUCCUCUCUUCUGGUACUUCAUUUGCGCUCCAAGCACACGUACUACUCACACGAUCCCUCAUCCUACAUUACUGCUGCUCAGUUAUCUCAGUGAAUGACAUCGUGGCACACGUUCGAUUCUUGGAUCCCGUGUGCAGUGGAACCUUAGAAAGUCUAGAAGACACGCUUGUGUUCUGGAUGUAUCACCUGCUUAAGGUGAUGCACGAGAAAAAGGUUAUAGAUGGUGAGUUGUACCGAGCUGCUGCGAACGCAAUUAAAGAUUCUCUCUACCACUCUGUGCAGAGCGGUGUUGUCCUUGGGCUCGCCGUACAUUUUUACAAACCAGCCCUCCUCCCACUGACGCAUCUCUGCACCAGCGCAGGGGAUAGCAAGACGACCGCACAAUCUCAAGAAGGUCGGCUUGAAAACUGGGGUUCUGUGUUGCGUGUGUCGGAAGAACUUGGUCUAUGGCCAUGCCUCUACGCAGAUGAGGUGGAGCAUUAUGGAGACGUUGUGCUCCAGUUGCAUGUGCUUCGGUUCGUUGAGGAACUCUUUGCGGUGCUUGCAACGCAGGCAGAAGACUCGCAGGAUGACGGGGAAAGUGAGCGAGGGCCACCCGUCAGCCAGUCUGUCACCUCACUGCGUCUGGACCGUGGCGGGGAGGUUGGUUCUGUGCCGCUGACAGAAAUGCAAUCUCAUGAUAUUCUGGAUUCUGUGCGUGAGCAGGGCGGCAAUGAAAUCAAGUUGAAUAAUUGGCCUACGGAAAAGGGUGAUGACACCAGUAGUAUGGAGGACAGGGGCGGGGUGAAUGGUGGGCCCUCACCCAGCAGCAGUAGCAGCUAUCCCUCUGCCCACAGCCGACGUCAGUACGACGUGAUGAUGGCAAGCCUGCGGCUGCAUGGGGCGGUCAAUGGGGUCUCCGAUCCCCCAAAGCCUAAUGGCAGCCCACGGAAGCCGUGUUCAUCCGCCUUCUCCGAGGCAGCAGGAGUCGUAGUGGCAACUGCAGCAUCGUCCGCUUCCAGUAGCAUUGACGAUGUUUUAUCGGCAACCUCCUCACGACGUUUUGUCGUGGAGCACAGGCCACUGCCCGAAAACCGCCCAGCGACGGAGCUAGCUCGCUCGUCUGUGCAAUAUACAGGCAGAGUUGUUAUGAAAUACAAUCAGUUCACUGUUAAAGAGCCAAUUGCGGUGGAUCCUUCGCAUUCCUCCGCCACAGCCAACCAGAAGAAUGCAACGGUUUUACCCCUUUCUGCCUACCCCCCGACGGAUAGCGCCUUUGCUGCAAAUGCCUUGGCUCUCAGUAACGGGAGCCUUCCGUCCCAGUCUUUCAUGGAGAAGUUGUUACUUGGGGCCUGUAAUCGAUACGAUCCUGUUUUGGUUUCAGAUGAGAAAAAGUUGAGCACACUGUCUCCCCUGACAGCCAUCGUGACGGAUAUGCCGAAUGGUGUGCGAACAAUGACAUCCUGCACGACUUCAGAGAGUUCAUUUCCUAUCAAUGUGCUCGGGAAGUUGGACUAUUCGCACCCGAGUGGAGAGAUGGCGACCGCCUUGACGACUGCGUGUUUGUCGCGGCCCCACUCGCCCCCACCAUGGCAAGAGGAGGCAGAAAGCCAGGGCGUGUCUCCCAUUACCCCCGACGUUACGGCAGAGCAGAGUGUUGUGCUCCCCCAGGCACUUCUAAACUCGGUGGAACUGCAACGUGCGACGUUGCAAGCGAGCCAGAACAGUCGGCGUCCGUCAGAAGCGCGCGGAUUCAGUGAGGCACAACUGCGGGAUAUCCUGCGAGACCUCUCGGCCGUGGGCCCCUUAAGCUUCGCAGAGACGUCUGAUCGUCAUUCUCUUCUACUGACGCUUGAAAAGCAGCAGAUGCUAAUUCGACGCUUAACAAAUAGGCUUGAGGCCAUGGCGGGGGGCAAUACAUUGUGGAGUGGCGAUACUUGGGCAGGGGCCGAUGGGGUUUCUACUGUCAGCGAGGGGCCGGGGCUAACACGUGCGCUUCCUUGCAGUCCUGGUGGUCGCACAGACGAUAGUGGGCAGCAUGCCGAAACAGAUAUUUCCUCCGUCCCAGACGAUUUCUUGGAUGGCGAGGGAUCUUUUCUCGACUACUAA